AUGCCCCGCGCAAGGAUCCACGACAAACUCAGGCAUGCAUAUCUCAUUCAUAUGAUGAUGCGCAACACGAUCUCUCCAUCCGAUGACCUUGCAGAGGCAAUCCAACGGCUUCAACAAGACAUGGAGAUACUCAAUGCCAUCAAAAACACUCGCUACCUUCACACACGAACACAUGUUCCUAAGCAGGGUAACCUCCAUGUUCUCUGGGAGUAUGCAUCCGACCCUGCUCAGCAUGACCACUUCACUCAAAUGGUCCGCAUUUCACCAACUUCUUUCUCUGUACUUCUACAUUUGAUUGAAGACCAUCUGGUUUUCCACAACAAUUCGAACAACGCACAGAAGCCCGUUGAAGUGCAGCUUGCCACUACACUCUUUCGUAUGGGUCGGUACGGAAAUGCAGCAUCUCUCGAGGAUAUAGCCCGCAUUACUGGAUCUUCGGAGGGGGAUAUCGUGAACUGCACAAAGCGUUGCUUUACUGCCAUUGAGUCACUUCAUGACUUAUUUGUUCGACCGUUGACGCCUGCAGAGAAGGAGGUGGAGAAGCAGUGGAUUGAUCAGCAUCUGGGGUUCAAGGGUUUGUGGCGAGAGGGCUGGGUAAUGUAUGAUGGAACCAUUAUUGUCUUGUUCGAGAAACCAGGCUAUGAAGGAGAUGCCUAUUACACUCGGAAAGGAAACUAUGGAUUAAAUGCACAGAUUGGGAACAUUCCUUCCAAUCUGCGGAUUGUUGAUUACUCCCAUGGGCAUACCGGUUCAGCCCACGACUCGCUUGCUUUUGAGGGGACAGCAGCACACAAAUAUCCCAACUGGCUCUUUCAAGGAGAGGAGUUCGCUUGGGGAGAUUCUGCAUAUACGACGACCCCAACAACCGGUUGUUCGACAGAGCACUUUCAAAUCUCCGAGUCCGCUCUGAGCAUUGUAUUGGAGCACUCAAAGGACGGUUCCAGUGCUUACGGGGCCUUCGUGCAAAAAUACACAACCCACAUGAACAUGCCUUGGCAUGUCAAUGGAUAA